GAAAGAAAGGAAACAGGGGAGCUCGAGGGGGAAAACAGAAAGGGAAAAGAAAGGAAGGGGAAAGAGGGAAGAUGGGGGAAAACGGAGAACAGGAAGGGAGACAGAGGACGAAGGAGAAGAAGAGAGGGGGAGGAACAACGCUAUGGAGCUUGGUGCCGCUGCCGAGCUGCUGUCACAGAGAAGAAAGGGAGAGGCGAACGUGACCCACGGAGGAGAGGAAGGAGCUGCCGUCGAGCCACGCCCCGUUGCCGUUGUUCGUGUAUCGCCAUUGCCGUUCGCUGAGGGUGAGACGCGAAGAGAAGAUGCUGACUUGCACCAUCGUGCCUCGCUAUCUUCGUCGAGCCUUCAUCAUUGUCGCUCCCUAUUCCCGUUGCCAUCAGGGUUUGCUGCCGCUGCCAUUGAGAGUGACGCAGCAGAGGAGGAGUCGUUCCUUUUCCGCCGCCGUCGCCGGAGACCUUGGUUGCUACUGUUCAUAUGGUUGUUGGAAUCGUUACAGCUGGAACUUGUCACCGGGGGAGAGAAGUGACUGCACCAUCCUCUUCAUUUUGACAUUGAACCUCUAUUCCUAACCCUGUAA